CACACUGCUUCAGCGUUCCUCUUGACUUGAAGCUUUCAAAUUUACCCCAAACAAUACUACUACCGAAAAAAGCAAAAUCAAUACCACUUUCUUCAUCCCUUCAUAAUCCAACGACUACAUUACACUCAACUCUCUCUCUCUCUCUCUCUAGAGUUCUGGUCUUAGAGAGGAACCUAUACAUGUUGCCAAACUUAGCACAUUCAAAAACAUAAAGAUUUUUCAAUUUUUCAGCAGAAUUCAGACUUGAUUCGAUUCGUUUUCGGACGUUAAUUUGGUUAAGUUUUUCAAAAAAUGUCGUCGCCGGCGCCGGGGUCCGCCCCCCCUCCCUCUUCGCCUCCUCCUACUAACACAACCGCCCCACCUCCCGCCGCCACCUUACCUCCGCCGCCCACUCCAACGACCACUCCACCACCUACUCCGACGACGGCUCCACCGCCUUCGACUCCGAAUCCAAAUCCACCAACUACCGCGCCGCCUCCAACCACCGCCUCCCCGCCGCCGGUUCCGGUAGCUCCUCGUCCGUCGACGCCUUCUACUCCGGGAACCCCACCCCCAACCACCAGCCCAUCGCCGCCUGCCCCAACCGUUCCAUCUGGAUCCCCUCCGUCGCCGCCGGCCCCCGCCGGCGGAGGCGCUCCCUCUCCACCUACUAGAGGAACCCCGCCGGCGCCGCCGACGAGGACUGGGUCUCCUCCUGGCUCGUCGGGGUCGCCUCCGUCGGCGCCGGCUUCUAAUGACUCGGGGAUAUCGACGGGGAUGGUGGUUGGGAUUGCUGUGGGAGGCGUUGCUUUGCUAGUGAUUCUGAGUUUGAUGUUUAUAUGCUGCAAGAAGAAGAAGAGAAGACAGCAACCUGAUUAUUACAUACCUCCACCGCCUCCUGGCUAUAAAGCCGAUCCCUAUGGUGGCCCAGUACAGAAUUGGCAACAAAAUGUUCCACCACCUCCUCAUCAUGUUGUUGCAAUGCCUCCUAAGCCUACUCCCCCGCCCGGUGGUGCUUCAAGACCUCCACAUUCACCAGUGCGUGCUCCUUCACCUCAACCUCCACCCCCUCCUCCUUACAUGAGCAGCAGUGGAGGUUCUGGUUCCAACUAUUCGGGCCCUGAAACUCCUCUCCCGCCGCCUUCACCUGGCAUGUCUUUAGGGUUUUCUAAAAGCACAUUCACAUAUGAAGAACUAGCAAUGGCAACAGAUGGAUUCUCAGACGCCAACCUGCUUGGGCAAGGUGGUUUCGGUUAUGUGCAUAGGGGAGUCCUUCCGAACGGUAAAGAGGUUGCAGUUAAGCAGCUAAAAGCUGGAAGUGGACAAGGGGAGCGUGAAUUCCAGGCAGAGGUUGAGAUCAUUAGCAGAGUGCAUCACAAGCAUCUUGUGUCGUUGGUUGGAUACUGCAUUGCUGGAAUUCAGAGAAUGCUUGUCUACGAGUUUGUUUCAAACAAUACCUUGGAAUUCCACCUUCAUGGUAAGGGAAGACCAGUGAUGGAUUGGGCAACGAGGUUGAAGAUUGCUCUAGGUUCAGCAAAAGGACUUGCAUAUCUGCAUGAGGAUUGUCAUCCAAAGAUUAUCCAUAGGGAUAUCAAGGCUUCUAAUAUUCUUCUGGAUUUUAACUUUGAAGCAAAGGUUGCAGAUUUUGGUCUUGCAAAGUUUACGUCUGAUGCCAAUACUCAUGUCUCUACAAGAGUGAUGGGAACCUUUGGGUAUCUGGCUCCAGAGUACGCUGCCUCAGGAAAGCUUAGUGAUAAGUCUGAUGUGUUCUCCUAUGGUGUUAUGCUUCUGGAGUUGAUUACUGGACGCCGGCCUGUUGACUCAAAUCAAACUUACAUGGAUGAUAGUUUAGUUGACUGGGCUAGGCCCUUACUGACUCGCGCCCUUGAUGAUGGGAACUUCGAUUCUCUUGUUGAUAGAAGACUGGGAACUGAUUAUAAUCAGAAUGAGAUGGCUCGCUUGGUGGCAUGUGCUGCUGCCUGUGUCCGUCAUUCUGCAAGGCGUCGGCCAAGAAUGAGCCAGGUGGUGAGGGCCUUAGAAGGGGACGUAUCACUAUCCGAUCUGAACGAAGGGAUCAGACCUGGACACAGCACUGUAUACAGCUCUCAUGGAAGCUCAGACUAUGAUACCACACAAUACAACGAGGACAUGAUAAAGUUCAGGAAAAUGGCACUGGGCAGCCAAGAAUAUGGAAGCAGUGGCCUAUAUAGCAACCCGACAAGUGAAUACGGGUUGAACCCGUCGGGCUCGAGCAGUGAAGCACAAACAAGAGAAAUGGAAAUGGGAAAGGUGAAAAAAGACAGUCAAGGUUUCAGCAGUGGUGCUUGACACUCACUCCUAUCCCUGACCAUCUAAUUCCUUAACAUCAAUUCUGUAUGUUCAUGCAAAAUAUCAAGGAUGGCAUGUUUUUCUUUUCCAUUUUUCCAAUUCUUAUUUUUUGAAAUUCUUUUUUUUUCCCCCUUCUUUUUCUGGGUAUUAAAUUGUAUUUAUAAUGGGUUAUAAAUAGUUCAUACAUACAACUCGAUUCUUUUGUAUUUGAAUUUCUAUAUUGUUGGUUGUUUGAA